AGAAGAAAGACACCAAAGAAUCGAACGUUACUCUAUCAUCCAAAUGCUUGAGCUUGAAGAAAAUUAUAAGAUCAUGGAAGAUGAGUUAGAACAAACUGCACGGAAAGAGGAUAUCAUAAAGGAAACGAAAAGGAGAUUGGAAGAUUUGGUGGAAAAAAGAUCGAGAGAUGAGAAUCAAUGGAAAGAAGAAAAAGGUGGAAUGGGAAAGAAACUAGAAGAAAUGAAUGCAAUGAUAAAUGAGACAGAACUAAGGAUGGAAAAAGAACUAGAGGAAAAGAAAGAACAUAUGGCAGAAAUGGAAGAGAGGUAUGUUUCUUAUUAA